AUGGCCACCCUGUUCUCGGCGGUGCUUGUCGUGCUCGGAAGCGCGCUUGGAGCUACUGCUGCCCCUGGCCAACACUCUGGCAAGUUCAACGGCAGGGCUGGUGCACGGGCCCAGCGCCCAGACGAGCUGCCCUUCAUGGAGACCGGGGCCGUGCGCUUGGCCUACCAGCUCAUGGACAGCCUGAACCCGUUCCCUGUUGAUGUCGUUCACGCUUCAUCUCCACUUGCGUGGAGCGUGGCUGGCGCGGUUGGCAGAGCCACUUCGCUGCACCCAUCUUGCGUGUACGUUCACUUGGUAAUCCUCAUGUCCCUCGUCUUGGACGCGGUGCAGGUCAAGUACGGGGGGAUCUUGGGCAAGUUUUCAAACCCUCUGAUGAUUCAGCACGGCGCGCCAGGGGACGGGAAGUCGAUCGCGUUGUGGCUCGUUUUCCAAGUCCUCGCGUACUUCGACAAGAUCCGCAACAAAGUCGCCAAGGCAGCCUACGAUCAAAAAGUGAGAGACAAGAAAGACAAGAGGAGGCAAGGCCAGGGUCAGGCUGCCGAGGAGGAGGACUCCGCAGAUGAAGAUCAGAAGCUGACGCCGCCCGCCGACGUGGAUUCGAUUUUCAACAACGGCACGUUCAUCGGUUUAGGGCAGUUCCUGAAGGGGCAGGGCGGAGUAGCUUACUUCGGGCUUCACGAGGGCAAGACGUUCAUGGCGGAUCUCUUCGCGAGCGGCCCCGGCGGCGGCGUGGAGGACUUGAGCCAGAUCAUGGACCACGACUUGUACAAGAAUCACCCAGCGAACAACCAGUCCAAGUUCAACGUGCGCAACGCGCACGUGGUCGGCUCCGUCCUCAUGCACCUGGAGGAGGUGGAACGCCAGGCCCGCCAGUCGGACUCGGUGGCAGGCCUUUCGCGGUUCUUGAUCGGGAAAUUCCCCGCGGUGGUCCACAAAAUCAUGCCGGACCUCAACCCCGCGGAGGUCGAGCAGCUGCUCCAGGACGACCCGGAUUACUUCAACAGCAUGAACUACGACGACGUCGUCGGCGGCCUCGCUAAUAUUUUGUUCGCGGGGCGCCAGCUGUUCCAGAAAGACGCCCCCCCGUCGGUGCCGGCCACGGACGUGAAGAAAGUUUAUUCGAAGAUCACUGGUCUCCACACUCUGCCAAUGAGCUCCGAGGUCCAGGAACACUUCCGCAAGUCGUACAACGAUUCUGCCGACGCGAUCCGGGACGACCUCGCCAACCUCGGUGGCCGGGCUUCCCAGCUGAGCAAGGACAAGACCAGGCCGCUCCAAUUCAUCGCGCCCGUGCAUCUCCUGGAGAAGACCAUCAACUUCUUGCUCUCGAAGGCAGGCAAGUCGGCGGAGGAAAAGAAAGACAUGGACGGACAAGCCAUUCUGGUAGCCCUCGCGUCCGUGGACUCGGAGUCCCUCUGCAAGACCGUGCCCACGAGGGAUGCCAUCCCACGGGGCGCCGCGAAAGCUGCCGUGGACACCUCCGUUGCCUUGGCGGCUCGGUUCGCCCGGAGCUUCAGCAUGACCGUGGGCGCUUCCCAGAUGGUCAAGGCAUUUCUCGCCGACCGCGCGCGACUCGCGGCCGCGCCAGCGCCUACCUUCGAGACGGCUGCGCAGAUGCUGAGCGCAAUCGUCGCGCCGCGCCUCGACCCAGCCAGCGCGUUGGCGGAGAUCGCGGAGAAUCGCCUAAACAUUGUCGCAUUCGCACAACACCCUGCUGUGUCUGCCGACGACGUCCGCGCGAAGAUCGUGGACAUCCUCUUGCUCGCUUUCAUGGGGUUCGUCCACGUGAAGGACGGUCGCUGCGCGGUGGCAUCUUUCGCUAUGAACGACGAGAGUUUCCUGCGCGCAGCGAACCGACUCCAGACCUGGUGCCCGGAUGCCUCCUUCCCUCAUGUAAGAGCAUUGUGCCCGGGAGAGGGGCUUGGCCCGGUCGUCGUGAACGCCGACGCAGCGUCUGCCGCAGUGGCGGCGAUGAAGAAUUUGGUCGAGGGCACUGCGGUGGACGUGUCGGUGCACGCCGACAUCUUCAGCACUUCCGCCGCCGAGGUCGUCCUGCCGGAGCCAGGGCCGCCUGCGACCCAGGCAGACAGGCGCAGCCAGAUUCAGCGCAUCCUUCAGGGCGAUGCCGCGGCGGCCGCUCACCCACGCGGACUCACGCAGGCAGGGCCGGCGGGGGAGCCGCCCGAGGGCGGGCCCGACCGCGAACGGGCUGCGAAGCGUCUUCGGAUGCGGGAGGAAGCGCCCUUUGACUACCAGGGGCUGCGUGGCGACGUCUUGCUGGCUGGGAAGAUUGGCGCGGCUGCGUGCGCCGCGCAGUCCACCGACAUCGCCGUCAACAAGCUCAAGGACAUGUUCAAGAGCGACGGCACAGCGCCCGCCAUCGACAUGACCGCAACUCUGCUGCUCCAGUUCUUCCACGAGCUGGGGCUGGGGACGCGCGGCAAAAUGGGGAAAUCAAUCGUUGUGCUGGCCCCGCCAGAACCGCGCAUCGAGACGGUGGUGAAGCGCAUUGCGUCGAUGUUCAAGCUGAACGAGACGAAAGAAGCGCGGAUGGUCGAAGCUAUGUCGAGGCGCCCUGUCUGCCUUCGCUUCAACUUGGAGGCUUUCGACGCUCUUGCCCGCAAGGUCGAGGAGGGCAUUCCUGAGUGGGCCCCGAAGGGGCACUUCUCCCUUGCUCGGAUUCUGGAGCCUUUGCCUGUGCAGUGCACCACGGCUUUCUGCGACGUGUUGGCGCACGUCGAUGCCGCCCUCGCCUUGCCUGUCCUGAAAUGCGUCCUGUCCGAGCAGGGUUAUGGACAGGUCGACGACACUGUGCUGGCAAACGUUCUUUGGAAGGUGCAAACAUACUUGCCGAGCUUGGUGACCAACCGCUGCCAACCAGGCAAACUGGCAGCACGUUUGAAGGAAAUGCAGGAUGCGGCUCCAGAUGUUACCCUUGUUCGCAUUCCUGCUCGCCAAGGCACGUGCCCGCGCUGCGAGGGGAUCUCCCUCUGCCCGUGCCCGGGCAUCGACAAAUGCGCCCGCGGCCGAAAUUUGCCAAUUUUGAAAGCCGAAGCCGCCCGCGCGGGAACGCCACCAGAGAGCAAUGUUACCGUCCGGUAUAAAAUAUAUUCGUGGACCGCUGGCGUGCAGUACGCAGUGUUUGAAGAGAGCCGGUGCCCGAAGUGCUCGCGUUUCUUCUUGGGGGGAUGGUCCUACAGAAAGAACGUUGGCGAGCGUGGUCAGCCGACGUUCGGUCGCUGCACAGAUGUCAUGUUCGUGGGCAGUACGGUUGACGACCUGUACGUGGUCAUCCCCCGGCAGCAGAGUUAUUUUGCGGUGGAGACUCAUUUCCUGCGCACAGUCACAGACCAAUUGGCGUUCAGCGGGGCCACCUUCACUUCCAUAGUACACGUGUGGGCCCGGCAGAACCGCAGCGCGAUCCAGGCCCGGUUGACUGUGGGAGAUGAUUUGACCCUUGUACAUCACACCCGCGACUGCCUUGAACUCGCGCGGGUCACGUGGCAGGCCACGCGUUUGGCCGGCGACGCAGCUAAGGAGCAGACGUGGUCUUUCGAACUGUCGCAAUUUGAUGCGACGUUAGUCCAGCUGCAGCCUGCAUUCCGCAUGGCCAACUUGAGAAGAAUAGCUUCUCACGUGGCGUCGUGCCCGCGGUGCCAGCGUUUGCUCCUGGUCAUCGGCGACGGGAAGCGCGGGGCUUGCCGCCACGUCUGCGCCGGCACUGACGGGUCCAUCACCUAUCCAGACGUGGGCGCCACGCUGUACACGGGGUGCCGGGCGCACGUCGGCGGUAGGCGCCACCUGUGCCAGACAUGUCGACCUUCUGGUAAAGAGCAGACUGGCCUAGUCCCCCAACUCCGGGUCCUACGAGCCGAGCUGGCGCCGGCCCCGGACGGCGGUUUCGGCUUGGAGACCCGCUGCGUCGUCGAAUGCAAGACCGUCGCCAGCGACGGGGAGCUCUUCGAAUUCUCGCUCCCGCGUUCCGAAGUGCGGCAGGAUCUCCUCGCGCAGUUCGAGAUCGGCAGUCUCCCCCUUCGGAGCGACCCGCGACAGAAGUUGCAGAAGCCGCCCACGUGGAAGAGCAAAUUGCAGAAGACGCUCUGGCAUAAGGGUGCCCGCGGUUCCUGCGCCCCGCAGCCGCCGCGGAGCAACGCCAGCGGCGGGCUCAAGAGGAGCGCGCCGCCGCGGGUCGCCGCGGGGCGCGGCGCGCGCAAGAGGCGCGCGAUGGCGGAUGGCCCCCGCGAGCUGGCAUCCACUGGGCUCAGGAAGAGCGCGCCGCAGGGGGCCGCGGGGGCGCGCGGCAAGCGCCAAGGGCAGGCGAAGGCGAAGGCCGCCCCCGCGGGGGCAGCCAAGCCGCGCGGCCGGCGGCGGGGCAGCGCCGCGGCGCCCGCGCAGGCACUUGGGCGGGCGAAGCGCACGCCUAGCACUGCGGCCGCCGCUCGCCGCGACGCCGUCGGCUCCAAUUGGCUCUACGCUGCCCGCGAGGUGCCGGUCGAGAAAACGUCCUGCGGCAUCAGCAAAGAGAACGCGUCCGAGGCGCGGCGAAGGCGCUGCACGGGCGGUAUCGUGGCCGCCGUUCUCCAGUGCGGCUAUCUGGCCGACUGGCAGGAAUUGUGGCGAGGGGAAGGCAUCGAGGUGAUGUACUUGUUCUUCCUCCGGCUGUUCAAGGAUCUUUCAGAGCUGAAGGCGGCGCUCCAAGUCAUAGGAUACGACAACGCGUGCCAGUUGCUCGCUAUCGCCAGGGCGAAGAGAGAGCUUCAGAAGCCGUGGUCCCAGGAGUUCGUGGAUAAGGUGAAGAUGAUCUUGGACGGCUUCCACAGGGGCAACCAUGCGUGGUGCCUGAGCAAUCUACCAGAGGUGGAUCCCGACUCUGAGGAUAAUGCAGUGCUCAUGGCGGGCAAGAACACGCAGGCUUGCGAGCAAUUGAAUUCCUGGAUCAACGAGCGCACUGCGCCUGGGCGGGAGAUGACUCCAGGCCACUUCGGCGUGCACUGGUGGGCUUUGUUCACGGAGCACAACGAGUGGCUGGUCCAUCAGGCGGAGUGCAACCGCAGGAGGUACGCCUGCGGCAACAUGAAGCACGACCCGGACGUCUCUCGGCCAAGCCGACCGACAGAGGGCACGACGGCGUUAGAUCGCUCGGGCGGGCCGGCGGCCCAGCCGAGAGACCGGUAA